CUGCACUGCGCGCCGCGCGCAAGCUGCAGUCAUGGAAGCCGAGCAUCUCUUGACUGUACCUGUUUGCAGCGACUCUGUAGCCUGCACGGCCUCUGCAGUUGGUCUGAGCGGUCCAGAGCCUGUCGUAGCUACAGCAACUAGUGACGGGCGUCUGCAAAUCCACUACCCGUUCCGCAAGGCCCGCGGGGAGAGCUCCUGGUCUGCAGCCCAGCACACGGGGCUCGUGGAGCUGCUGGCGUUCUCCCCGUCCUCCUCUCCUCUGCAGCUGGCCUCCGUCUCCAGAGACCUCCUCGUCCUGUGGAGACUGGAGGGAGCCUUCCCUCUGUCUCCCGGUGACGGUCCUCCGUGCCAGCCGGUGGCUCUGGCUCCUCUGUGGGGCAGUCGGUGUUGAAAGUGGUUCUGCCCUCAACUCUCACUCUAAACUGCCUUGUAAUCUGGCUCGUGUGUGCAGUGAUGUGUUUCGUCUCUGUGGCCCCAGAAAGGAACUCGGGAGAAGACACUGAGCGGUCAUUUGUCACCCAUCACCCACGCCAUCUUUCACCCUCACCAUUCACACACACUCAUCACUACCUCCCAAGACCGCACCUUCAAGGUGUGGGACGUGGCAGAAGGCUGUGUCGUGUACCAAUCUCCUGUCCUGUCGGCUAGCUUCUUCCUCGGACACUGUGUGGUCCAGUAGAUCGACAGUGAUAGGUUAGCUGUUACUGCAGCCAAUGGAAAGCUGUGGCAGCUGGACAUGAGCCCGAGAGGUGGCUAUAGAGCUCUGCUCCAGUGUGAGGUGUGGAGGGAGAGAGACAGGAUCCUGGCCCGCCAUGAGGGAGGAGAGAGAGAGGAGGAUGAGGGUGGAGAGGAGACAGAGGCUGGGACUGCAGUUCUCGGUCUUCAUUACUGGUCCUCUUCUUCCUCCUUGUCCUCGAACCAGAGACUUCCGAAAGAGAUCAGUGAAGCAGUACUAGAUACAGGGAGGUUGCUGGUGGCUGGACACUCCUCCAUCUUGGCUCUGGACACUAACACCCUCCAGGCAGUGGGGUUCCUGGAGUUCAGAGACCCAAUUCCCUCCUGUGUGAUGCCACCCCUGACUGUUCUGCCUGUUGCUACCUCCUCUACCAUGACCACGUGUCCCACUGAUAAUCAGGUCUACUCUGUGUUGAAUGGUAUGUUUGAGAAAACUGUGUCUCUACUGACACUCAGUCUACCUCCAAAUAAGAGAGAGAAACACAGCCAAGAAAUCUACGAACAAAUGCUAUCGUUUCUUUCAAGAGCUCCACUGGCUCCAAACUCUGUACUGAGGUCAGAGUUCAUCCCGAAACCACGCCCCGAAACCACGAAACCGAAGCAGUCAACAGGGCCAGUGGGGAGGAAGAAGAAUGGCGGAACUAGUGGUGGAGCAGUGGCAGACAAACCCCUGACUUUCAGAAACAAAGUCAAAAGCUCUGGUUACACCGUACCUCCAAGAACGAAGAUGUUUACUCCGUCAACUGGUGGCAGAUCAAAGACCAAGACCCCGGCACCACCUAAGACCAGGGAGAGAAAACUCUAUCCUCUGGAGAGAGGAGCUCCAGCACAUGUUCUCUGUCGACUCCAACCUUCCUCCUCCCCCACCUCUCUCACAUCCCUCUCCUUCAGUGGGGAUGGUGGAUAUGUGAGUUGUGGAGCUGCUGACACGGCAGUAUACCUUCUGAGGCUCCCUCCCUCUCAGGGAAAGAUUCAGGCCCUCACUGGUCACGAUGGGACAGUCCAGAGUGUUGACUGGAGUCACAGUGGAGACCUACUGCUGACAGGAUCCGCGGAUCGGACGGCCAAACUGUGGACCCCGACCCAAAAGGAUCCUCUCCUUACCAUCUCCCAGUCUCAGAGCACAUCAAAACUCAAGUCCACUGCCGGUGGGUCUGGUUUCCCUGCCGCCAUUUCCCGCGCCGUCUUCUACUAUCUCGACAAGUUCCUUCUCCUCUCUUCCUCAAACUCACUCCACCUCUACAAAUACCACAUCCACUCCCAGCCAACGGACGACAUCAAGAGGUACCUCAACAGCAGUGGGUACAAACUGGUCCAAACUCUGCCAAUGGAGAAGACACAGUCCAUUACUUGUAUGUCUUGCAUCAACGAAUUCCUCUCCCACCUGGUGGUGGUGGGAGGCUCUAAUAAGAGUGUCGAUGUAAUUGACAUGAACGUCGGGCGGAGUGUGAGGUACAUGGGGGAUUGCCACACCCGACCGCCUCACUGGGCGGGGCUCAACAAGGGGUCGCGAGGGGUGGCUCAUCCAUCCUGGGCCUACGAUCUCUUCCUCACUGCUGCCCCUACAGAUGGAGUGAAACUAUGGGACCUCCGCAGUGACAGGUGUGUGAGAUGUCUGUCUGCCCACGUGAGCCGCUGCCACGCGGUGACUGCAGAGUUCAGUCCGUGUUCCAGGUUCAUUGCCACUGGCUCAGAGGACAGAUCUGCAUACAUCUACGACCUUCGAACCCUGUCUCCUCUUCACAAGCUUUCGGGCCAUUCGGACACUGUGACCUCUGUGACCUUCCACCCUCUAUCUCCCAUGCUGGCAACGGCCACUAUCAACGGACAAGUCACAUUUUUCACUGCUGACUCUCAGACUGUAUGAUAUCGUCAUCAUUGUUGCAGAAAAAAACAUUAAAAAACCUCUAUAAAGUUGUGCAUGUUGUUGAGAGUGUUAGGAUGAACAACAACAUGUCAUGGCUUAGGAACAGGCCCCUCCUCACUGUCCUGUUCCAUUACUAACAGUGUCUUCUUCCCCUCUUUGCCUCCCCCUGCCCCUCCAUUACCAACCCCAUUACCAUUGCUCUUCUUCAUCUCCGACAUCCUGACGUAAGUAUAGGCCGAUGAUCCUGCGAGCACCAUAGCAUUACUCAACCACCACCAUCCAGAUUUAGUCUCGGAGAACACGGCACAGGCCAGGACGGUCUGAGCCCCUGCCUUUGCAGUUCCGCUCACGUUGUGUGUCAGUGGACUGGUGACCUGGAUCUGCAGGGCAGUCACGUAGCCAAUGGCGAUGCCAAACACGCCAGCCGUUACAAUCAACCCCCAGAACAUUGGGUUGUUCCAGAACCGGAAGCUGCGGAGGGUCCCGACCUCCCCCAUUAUGAGGACGAGAGGGAUGAGGAGGAGAAGUGCAUUCAGGUUAUUGUAGAACUGGAGUCUCCAGAUGUUGCUGUCUACGAUGGGUAGAACCCUCUUCGUAUAGAUGGCGUAGAGUGCGACGGAGAGUGAAGCGAGGAUACCGCAGACGAUACCAGACACAGAUAACCCGGCGUGGCUCUGGUCGUCAGUGGAACUGGAGUGCUCUUCCUUGAUGCCCAGUAGGAAUCCCGACACGAUGAUUGCACAACACGUGAUGACCUGCACCGAGAGAGUCUGUCCCAGAACUGCAUAUGAGAACACCACAUUGAAGACUGUGGUAAGGGAGCGGCCAACGUUGUAGAAUGCCACACCCAGGAACUUGAGGGUCAGGUUGUUGAAUGUUAUCAUUGAGACAAAUACCACCGACAGGGGCAAGACCUAGAGAGCAGUGGCAAUGCUGAAGUUUAUCUCGGGGAAGGAAACGAAGUCAUAGUUUUUGCUGCUGACCGCCAGAAACGUGAACACCACAACCGCUACAGCACACUGGGUCAUUGUGAUGAACAGAGGAGCAUCCAGCUUCAAUGUCUUGCUGCUGAGGAGGUAUUUAUUAAGGAAGACCAUGGAUAUGGAGAUGAACCAGUAGGAGCAGACGACGCCGGCUAUCUUCGUCCACUGGCUGACUAGACUGCCUCCCGUCAUGUGACGAGGGCUGGUUUCCCCGCCGCGCUUCAUCUCUCUUCUCUACUGUACUGACGAGGAGGUUCACUGCCGAGAGCUAGAGAGAGAAACUGGUGGUGCCACCGCACGUGUGGUGC